UUCCUCCUCCGUGUCGGAACCCUGCUGAAGAUUUAAACUCCUCCGUGUUUCACAACAUCAGCCUCUCCACAGUCAUGAGCUGUGAAACGAGGCAGAAGUGCUCCCUACACCUCAGAAUCAAAACAGCAUUUCAACUUACUGAGUCCAUCCAUGGUUUGUCCGUCUGCACCGUCACCGCCGGGAUGAUCGCUAACUGCCGAGUGUUCACCUUCACAAAAGGGUCGAGAGAAACAAUGUCUGGACUGCAGGUGGAAGUUGAGAAUAAUUGCAAUAACAUUUCACCAAGCCAACAUGUGCAAGUAACAGUGAAAACUGUGCCGAGCUACUGUGGCGUAACAUGGACGGGCAGCUAUGAGGCUCCAGGAUGCAGCAGUGAAGUUUUGCGAAGACAUGUCCCAGAAUGCAUCACUGGGAGGCUAUCAUAUGACGUCAAACCAGAGAGGAGGGAACUGAGCGUCAAUGUGUCCAACAUGCUGGAAGAUCACGACUACGUCCUCCGUUUGUGCCUUAAGGAUUUCAUCUGCUCUGACACAGGGGCCAGUAUACUGAUAAAGAAGGGGGAACCCGUGAAGAGUGCCACCCUCCCGUACUCCCGACUUUUGCCCUGUCUUUGCAUUGAGGGCUGGUCAUCUGUGACAGAUGCCCUCAGAGUCCAAGUCUGCCCCUUCAAAGACCGUGUCCAGGAGCUGUGGGUUGGAAUAAACUUUGACCCACUGGAGAAGACGCUGUCGUGGCAGCCCGCCUGUCGAGUGACUGCCGUGGUUGUGUUGUGUCAGAGAAGAGAGGACGGCGUCUGUGUGGAUCUGCCUCACGCCUCACAGAAUGUUAGCAGAGAAAAGAUUUCAUUUACUAAAGUGGAUCCACAUCCUCAGCUGUGCAUGAAGUUCACUGCAGGCUCUCAGUCCUGGACGAGGUGCCCCUUUGCUGAUGCCACAUUCAAAGCAUGGGAGGUGAUUGUGACGAGACAACUAGGUCAGGACGACGUGAAGAUGUUGUCGCACAUCACUGCAACGUUUUCUGUGGCGCUGUGUGUGAAGUCUGAAGGGUCCGCUGUGUGCCAAAUCACUGACACACACAUCAUGCAUUUGGAGAAACAUAAAGCUGUGGACUUGAACCUGACAGGGCAACUAUGCAACACAUGUCUCCAGGUGAAGAGGCUCGAUGUGAAGUAUGCAGCCACAGUCCUUCACUGUCUUGAGCAAUGCGAAGAAUCCCCGUACGUCAGACCUGUCGUCAUCAGACAACCCUCUUGGGACUUGACUUGGGUUGUUGUACCUGCGGGCGUUUGCCUCUCUGGCAUCAUUACUAUCACUCUGGUGCUGCACGUACUGUUAACCGUGUAUGAGAGGAGGAAACUAAAAAGAAAUGGAGGCUAUAUCUCUGAAAAGCAAAUAGAUCCUGCUUUUGACUGCGUGGUCCCUGUAUUACAAUCUCAACCUGCUGUCCACGGAGGGGUCCUCAUACCUGAUUCACCAAAGUGUGGGAACACGGAGAAGACCAAUUUACUCUCUGACUGAGCGAAGAGCAGCGCUCCCGUCAAAAGCAUUACUUGUAAUGUGAUGUAUACAACUGUACAAACCAAAUGUGUUCUCUGUUAAAUGCAGCGUUCAAUGUUGGGACAGAUAUUACAAAUGUUAUAUAUAUUACUGGAUCUUUGCUGGUUGGUGUACUUGUUGUAUUUGAUGUUGUCUGGGAGAAAGCUAACAUGUAUAUUGUCAUUUUUUUUUAAAGUUCAAAUUCAGCUUGCAGCAACAGUUGGAUCCUAACUAAUAUUUAUAUUUUCAA